UCAAAACAUUGUCGUCAUCCACACUAAAAAAAUAUACCGCGCUUAUGGUGGACUUGCUCGGCGCGGUCAAAGGUUAAAACUCAACUCUCACGUCGCGGAGUUUCCUGGCUGAAUGUUGAAUCCACGCCCCCCACUGUCGCCCGGGCGUGACGAAAACGAAACUGAACUCGAGCGCCAAAACAGAAAACCCUCCCUGGUCGCUCUUUGAGAUGAGCGGGGAAAGAUGUCGUGCAGGAAACACAACAGUGACAUGAACGUGUUCUGUCUGACGGACCAGACGGUUGCGUGUGUCCACUGCGUGACCAUGGAGCACCGCGGUCACACGCUCGGCCUGGUGAGUGAAGAGCGGAAGAUGAAGCAGGAGAACCUGAAGAACAUGCUGAUUAAGUCCAAAGAAAUUCAACAAAGUCUCCAGAAGAGGUGCAACAUCAACAGGAGGAUGAUUGAGCAGAUUCAGGUGGAGGCCAAAGAGGCCGAGGACUUCUGUGAGGGCGUCCUGGUUCAGGUCAUCGAUUCUCUCCAGAGACAUUACCGCUCGGUGAGGAGGAUGAUCCGAGCCAGGGAGGAGGCAGCCAUCGCCCAGGUCGACCUCUCCAUCCAGAGGUCGCGGCAGAGAAUGGAGAGAAUGAAGAGGCAGGAGGCAGAGCUGGGUCUUUUGGCUCGGACGGAGGGUGAUGUCGAUUUCCUCCAGAAAUGGACCGGUCUCCAAGGUCACCUUGAACCAGACGUAGAUUUGGUGCGUGAUGCAGAUGAGCCGGGUCUUGACUUCGGGCCAAUAAAGAGAACUCUGCAGGGGGUCGGGAGGCAGCUGGAAGAACUUUGUGCCAAAGAAUUCUCCCUGAUGUUGUUUCGAGAUGAUGCAGAAGACGACUCAGAAGAACAGACAGAUGGAGAGGAAGACGAGCAGCAAAUUGACUCUUCAGGUCAUGAGGUGGUCUCAGGAUUGACCCGCCAGAUGGAGCUGCAGGCGCCUGAGACUCGAGCCGACUUCCUUCACUACGCCCACAGGCUGACGUUCGACUCGGCCACAGCUCACCAGGACCUGGUGGUGUCCGCGGACGGGCGAGAGGUGAGGCUCUGUGGCCAGACAGUCAAGGGCCCGUCCAUCCGGUACCCGCAUAGGUUCGUCCACCGCAAACAGCUGCUGUGUCGGGAGCCCCUGCUGGCAGAGUGGAGCUACUACGAGGUGGAGGUGGAGGGGAGCAAGGCGGAGAUCGCCCUGGCCUACUCAGCCAUGGACAGGAAGUCGCGCAGCAACCAGUCGGCGUUCGGCGGAAACGCACAGUCGUGGAGUCUGGAUCGAUCCGCCUUCUACUCUGUGAGCCACAAGGCCCUCAGCGUCCAGCUCAUAACCGUGCCCUGUCACUCCAGGAUCGGUGUGUUUGUCAAGGUCAGUGAGGGCGUGGUGGCCUUCUACGAGGUGGCAGAGACGAUGAUCUUACUGUACGAGAUGGAGGCCGUGUUCACAGAGCCGCUGUACCCCGGCUUCUGGCUGGGAGAGAAGUGUCGCAUCAGCAUCUGUGAUCUGGUUUGAUUCAUCUCCAACCUGGUGUGUCAGGUUCGAUUAGCUAGUGUUUCCCACUCUCUCUACCAAUAUAUUUAGACUUUAUACAUCUUAAUCUUCCAUUUUAAAAGGCUUUAUGUUGUUCUUCUACUUGCACAACUGUUGUGGGUUCAAACUUGAUUUUCACUCAGCACUUUCUUACACUUUAUAAUGUAUGUAUUUUUUACUUUUAAUGUUUAAUUCAAAUGGAAUUUGAUUUGAAGCGUUUGAGUAUAAUAUUGGAAGGUCUUGGUGACGCAUCUAUGGUCGAACAGAGCUAAAUAUGAUAAGGAUUUUUUAUAUGAAGUUUAUAUGUAGCAUAUUUUCAGCAUCUUUUAUUUGUGUUGGGGGACAACAAAUACUGCUCAAAUAAGCGUUCAUAAAAAAACUAAACACCUACAAACUAGCCAGUGAGUAAUAUUGUCCCAACUUUUGAAUUGAGGCAUUUAUUUUAUUCCAUAUCUUUAGUGAGUUGUGAUCAGGGUAAAUAAAACGUGUGGACAGUUCCGGUAGAUAAAAGGUAGACUUUAUUAUGAAUAGUGAACUUCACAUUUUUACAAUAAAUUGAUACAAUCAUGUUGACAAAUGCAGAGAGGAGACUCCCCUACACACUUGGUGUUUCCCUACCACAGACACGACGGUGUUGACACUUUCUAACAUCCAACUAACUCGUUUUUAAUAUUCGUAUUGCCGUUACAUUGACUUGAAUUAGCUGCUAAGAGAAGUAAAGAUUCUCGACCCGAAAGGUGACCACGUUCAUUAUUACUUUACAUUGAGAGGUGGUGCCUUUCUGCUCCAUUAAACGCAGGGAAAUAUAUAAUAUAUAAUACAGGCUGGAUAAUAUGCGCGUGUUGACAGACAUGACAACGCACUGCGACUGCGCGCAGCUGGUCAGCAGCAAUGCGACGUGAGUCACUUCCAAGGCAGGUGGUCAAUGACGUCAGCACUGAGCGUGCUCCCUUUCCACGCGAGCGUUUCGUUUGAUCUCGAACAUGUAUUUACACAGCACAGCACACAACAUUUGCUAAUAAAAACAAAGCAUGACGCCGCGCGACGCUUCAAAAGGAAAGAGAGUCGUUUCCGGUGAGAACAACAACUCACACAAGAGCAUCUCCCGGGUGAGAAUGUUGCUGGCGUCAAGCUAACGUGUAGCAUCAUGCUAACGAGCGAGGGGGUCAUUUCACUAGUUUUUGUAAAGUUUUGUGUCUGAUAAUCCGUUUUUAAUUUAGCGUACGACAUAUGGAAUUGACCAUGAGAGGGCGCCAUGGCAGCACCUCAGCACAGCGGAUGCUCAUGAAGGUCAAAGGGUGAACACUUCAAAGGUUGGAAUCCAAACACAACAUCAACAGAAGCGAACAGACAUUUGACAAUAACACACUGACCAGCAGCAAUUUAAACACCAGUGGGCUUCACACACACACAACGAUGACGUCACAAUGAAUGGAAAUAUACAGCAGUUGGACUAAUAGAAUGUUUACAGCUCAUUCCUCUGUUAUGUUGGAAUAUAAAUGUAGUCCAUUUAAUCCACAACUGGAUUUCACAUUGACAUUAAAAAAAAAUAAAUGAAAGUUCCGUCUUUAACAAGAACAUAAAGGUGUUGGCAACACUUUAUGGUCUCACAAGUGAUUCACUGUGUUGGACAAAGAUCAUAUUUUGGAAAGAGAAGGGCGUAUUGAAGUAGAAUGUACCCUUGUUUAAUAUCACUUCUACCUUUUGUUGCUUUUAUUUACUUCUGUGAUCUAAUUAUAUAUAGAAUUGUGUUUAAAAUAUGACCAUUAUUGCAUGAAACAAUUGUGCUUCUGCAGCAACUUUGCUUUGAGUCAACAAGUGAAACAGUUGAGCUGCGCUCUUCUUUUGGCCCUUUUAAGUGGCUGUGUGCUGAUGUGUGCUUCUACCUCUUUGGUGGACAUGAGUUAUUUACAACAGCAGUUACCUCAACUAGACACACGUUAAAUAGCUUAUUUCUAUAAAGCAUAUUGUCAUAGCUUCCGAUUUAAGAUUCCCCGUCUUGGGUGUGCAGUUUCUCCUCCCUCCGUUUCUCCUUCUAGAUGUGCCGUCUGUACAUGGACCCACUCUGAAAGGAUUGCAACACAACCUCACACUGACUGUCAGUCAGUUUACUGUUGCAUGACAGAAGGAUUCAUCAAAUGCAAAUGUGCCAUUGUUUUGUCCGUUUAGUUUGCUGAUCACAGGUGAUCAUCCUUGUGAGAAAACAUGUGCUCAACAGACACUUCCUUCUGCGGCUUCAAUGACAUCGACCGACCGACGAUUGUCAUCUCAGCGUCUCAUCUUUCCCUCCAUGAGUCCACUAACAAUUCGCCCCAUCAAAACAAAGCCUCACAUCUCCUCUCCACAACAUCUCAGCAAAGGCAUCUUACUUCUCACAUUUAGUACCAUUAGAUACAUAUCUUCAUUUUUCUAUAUUUACAUAAAUACACAAACCAAGAAAUGUGUUUUUUUUCUGUGCCAAAAUCUUUACAGUGCAUUGCUGCACUUUUUCCAGUCAAAGCUUUUAGUGAUCUUAAAAUACAAGUGAGCUUUGUGCAGUUUUUCACUCAGACUGUAGGGAUGUUGCACACACUAAGCUAAAGUGUAGCUAAAAUCCGCUAUUCUAGAUUUAUAAUCCUGGCAUUCGUGGAUUAUUAUGAUGACUAAUCCUUUUAAUAUUUCAGUUACAGAAGACUAGAUAUCCUAAUUUGCCACACACAUCCUAGGAUUGUCCCAUGCACUCGUGUCAUAUAAGUUCAGAUGCACAAUGAAUGAUCAAAUAUGUUCAAUGAAGAAUCAAUCAUGGCAAUGAAAUUCAAUCUAAAGAUGCCACGGCGCCUCAUUUUGAUUGGUUCGAUUUCGAGAGGUUUUCAAACAACAUGUAUCCCCUUGAAAUGUUUGAAUGAGCUAUACUCAAACUUCAAGUAUAAUUCCCCCUAUUUUGUCUCCAAUAUAACCUGUGCAUAGACCAGUGCUCUGGUCUCUUAUACUUCAACAUUCAACAAGUGUUUCUACAUUCUUGGUUUCAGCCUCCACAUUGUUGCGUGCACUUCUGGGAGAAGUCAGCUGCAUAUUCUGCAGCAAAGACAGACCUUCAGAGAGGGAGGAUGUAAAGUCCUGUGUGCUAGUAAAUGAAGUGUAAAUACAGAUGAAGUCACGAUCAAGAUCAACUUGAUACCUGGUGCUUACAAUCUGGUGAAUGUUGUGCUCAGAUAGUUGUACUUUAGUGAGGAACUGGAGUGAGAUCCUGGCGCUUCCUAAAACUCUAAAUGUACUGAGGUGUGGCAGUGGGUCAGUCAGGAGUCAGAGUCUGGUGUUACAGGCGUUGUUGGUGUGGUGGGGCUGAUGGCGGCGUUCUGGUAGCCGCUGCCGUAGCAGCUGUUGGGCGACAGAGAGUUGGGGUCGAAGCUGGUGUUGCCCGCCGGUGUCAGGUAGGGCUUACGUGAGGGCAGGGCCGAUGAGGGGUCGCCAGGUUUGCCGCUAAGAAUGGACCUGGCCUCGUCCUGUUCAGACAGGUUGGAAAUAUCCUUCAUCAUGGAUUUACGGUAGGAGACGGAGAGCUUGUUGGAGCCGUCCGACAUCAGAUUGAAGUGGCGGGCGAUGAAGACCACCGGCAGAGGGAGCAUAGCCAGAACGAUGAGGGCGAAGCACAUGAUGAGUGCCCAGGUUGGGUAGCUCUGGAAGCGCUCCUGAGCCUACAGAUAUGGAUACGUAUUAUAUUAUAACGUUUACAUUUGCCAUCUCUCUUGUCUUUUACAACUAAAAAAAUAUGAAUCCUUCAGUCAAAAUGUCGUCUGAAUCUCAAAUAUGAAGAACUAUCGUGCUUUGCAAAACAAAACCAAGUCUUGAGGGAAAAGUUCCGCUUUUUCUUGUACUUGUGGUUGAGCAUUGAGCUCGGGGACCAAACCGAAGCGCUGACUCACCAGUUCCUGGACCCAGGCGUUAUAUCCGGGUGGACUGAUAGCCAUCUCGAUGACGGUGGCAGAGAUCAGCACGAUCAGACAGAUGGGCGAGACGUACUUCCACAGGUAGAAAUACAGAAUGUUGGGCCGAAACCCCAACAUGUCCUCGAGGUCCUGCAUGAACCUGUUAUGGAGAGAAGAACCGGAAACAUGACCCAGCGCUGUAGCGGCCGCGCCUCCGUCAGCAGCGUCACACUCACCUACCUACACACAUCAGCAGUUCUUGUACCUUUUAGUGCCAUAAAUCCACGCCACAGACACGUUUUCCAGGAUGACCACCACGGUGAGGGGCAGUCCCGCAGAGUAGUCAUCAAACAUGGUGACAAAGUAGUUUCCCGAACGCUGGACAAACAGCAGGCCACACAGGAAGGCGACGAUGCAGCAGGCGACUGCAGAGAGACAGACAGAGCUCAGCUGUCGUCGCCAACAGAAGUCCUGGUUUCUGCUCUUGAAGUCAUCUCACCUGUGAACAACUCCUUCUGGACCUUGUAGGUGUCCAAGACAGGUGUGGUGAUGCCGGUCAUGGUGCCAAUCAUGCUGCCCAGACCCAAAUUAAUGAGCAUGAAGAAGAACAUCACCGACCAGAAAGGAGAUGCUGGAAAGUGUGUCAUGGCCUCAGUGAAGGCGAUGAAGGCCAGACCGGUCCCCUGCACCGCCUGCACACGGCAGUUAUCAGGUCAAGUCGUGUCCAGUUUUAACACAUCAAAGCUGCUCUGGAUGAAGGUCACUGGCCUGACCUUGUUGAGCUCGUCCUCCAGGACACACGGCUCCAGUCCCAGCUGAGCGAAGCCGUCCUCCUUCACGGUCUUGAUCACGCCGUACAUCUCAGCAUAGUCAGAGGAGGUCAGGUGGGAGAAGUUGACGUGAGGAGGGAUCAGAUCGUGGCUGAGGACGUUGGAGUUCAAAUAUCCCAGGAUCUUCUCCGCGUUUCUUAGGAGACACAUACAAUUACAGUCUAAGAAAUGGUCCAUGGAAGAAUCCGGCAGAUACUCACUCGACGACGCAUUUCUCGUUCAUGAUGUUGGCCUUGAAACCCAGCACCGCGAAAACUACCAGCGUGGCCAGAAUGGAGGUGAAGAAGUUGAUGAAGGAGACGAGCACGGCGUCAAAGUGACAGUUGUUGUCCACUUUGUUGUAGCUGGAGAAGGCGAUGACACCUCCGAAGCCCAGACCCAGAGCAAAGAAGACCUGUGUGGCUGCCUCUCGCCACACCUGAGGCUCCAGCAUCUUCUCCAGCUGAGGGACGCAAGAAGAAAGCGUUUGGUAGAGGAAGUCUUCAAAGAUGAGAAUGACAAGAGGAGAAUCUUUCACUUUUGGAGUGAACAUGUGAGCGAUCCCAUCCACUGCCCCCUUCAGCAUCAACCCUCGGACCAGGAAGCAGAACAGCACCACAUACGGGAACAGAGAGCUGAAGUACAUCACCUGGGAAGAUGGAGGUGGAAAACUCAGGAAGUCUUGGCUGUUUUUGUUGUGCUCGCCGUACCUUCCCAGAGGAGGCGAUUCCUUUAAUGACGGCGAGGCACACGAUGAUCCAGGCCACCAGCAGGGACAGAGUCAUUUUGACAUUCAGGCCUCCACUUUCUGCAAUGGUGCUGGUCGUGUUCAGAGUCUGACGGUACCAGAAGUAGGUUGUAGCUGAGCUCUUCUCGCAUUCUGGCUCCACAACUGCAUUGGACAGACAUGUUGGACCCAUGAUGACGACUGGAAU